UAAGGGCUCGAUAAAGACGCACGGGGACGCUCAUUUACCUCAGCCAACUGCACAACCUAAAAGUCUAAUUUAAUCUGCCGUCCUUCUUCUAUUGUGGCGGGAUGCCUAGUCUCUGGUUUGCAGCGGAGAGUGAUCUCACCAUAUAUGCACUGAUGCUUAUGCAUGUGCAAUGUUCCACUACAGCGUCCACAGGAAAGCUAAUGCAGUUCCGCACUUCUCCAGCCCAAGCAAGCCUUGCGAUAGAUGACUUUAUUUGAGAGCGGGCUUUUCCUGCGGAUCAGCUGUAACUUGCAGAAUUUCGAGCGUGAUUGUGGUCUUUUUUUUCUGAGGAGGAACAUUUUGGUGCAGGGGACCCAGAGGAUACUACUACUGCUGCUGCUUGCACUUACACAAACAAGCGUUCGGCGCGUACCGAUUGGAUUCAAGCUGCAGUCCACUUCACGCCAACUGCAUUGCCACAACUGUGGGAGAGAAUGUGUCCAUCAUGACACAAUGCGCAGCUUUUCUCAUGAACUCUUUCGUGCUUCUACAGACUUCCAUCCACAAGUGGGGCGUUUUUCUGCCUUUCAGCUACAGAUAAAACCACUUCCCAACUACAAUGGGACAACGUAAUGGGCUGAGUGGACGAGAUGUUGCCUGCAGAAGUGCGGUGAGAGUGCAAGGCAGUAACUUCCAGAGGACACCUGCGGACGAGUGAAUGCCGCCUCCGAUGUGGAGUUUGUCGCUGUCCGACGCGCGCGUGGUGCUGAAAUUCGGAUGAUGCCUGGCCAGCGACUGCAAGGCUGCCGCUCCCUGCACCUCAACGAGGACAACGGCCGCUUCGCGCUGCUCGCCGUCCUCAUCAUACUUUACCUACUGUGCGGCGCUGCGGUCUUCUCGGCCAUCGAGAGGCCGUCGGAGCUGCGGGCUCACGGCCGCUGGAACGGGACGCUCCUCAACUUCAGCGAGACCUUCAACAUCAGCCUACAGGACCUCAACUCCUUCCUGCGGGAGUACGAGGCUGCCAUCGCCGCCGGGAUCCGGGCUGAUGCUCUGAGGCCACGAUGGGAUUUUACAGGGGCUUUUUAUUUUGUUGGAACUGUGGUGUCGACUAUAGGUUUUGGGAUGACAACGCCUGUGACAGUGGCAGGCAAGGUGUUCCUGAUCUUUUAUGGGCUUUUGGGCUGUGCUGCCACCAUCCUCUUCUUUAACCUCUUCCUGGAACGCAUCAUCACACUGCUGGCCGUGGUGAUGAAGGCCGUGAGGGAGCGGCGAAUCAGGAACGGUGGUAUACUCCCGCCAGGCAUCCGCCAUGACUUCUCAGCCUACUCCCUCCCCGGCUGGAAGCCCUCCGUGUACCACGUCAUGCUGAUUCUCGGACUCUCAGCCAUCACCAUCUCCUGCUGUGCGUCAGCCAUGUACACCCCCGUGGAGGGCUGGGCUUACUUAGACUCACUCUACUUCUGCUUUGUCACCUUCAGCACCAUCGGAUUUGGGGAUUUUGUCAGCAGCCAGGGUGCGGCUUACAAAUAUCAAAGCCUCUACAGGGUGGCCAACUUCCUCUUCAUGCUAAUGGGAGUGUGCUGCAUCUACUCGCUCUUCAACGUCAUCUCUAUUGUCAUCAAGCAGGUGCUCAACUGGAUUCUGGAGAAAAUGAGCUGCUUGUUUUGCCAGCGCUGCAAUAAGGCCAACGUCCUCCUGGGCAGACGCAAUGCCAUCCGGCCGGGCUCCAAGGGUCGCCAGGGUCGACUCGGCCAGCAACCCGACUCAGAUGGACCAUGUGAUAGUGAUACUGAGGGACGCAGACUAUCAGGGGAGAUGAUCUCUAUGAAAGACUUGGCAGCCUCUAACAAGGUGUCGCUGGCCAUCAUGCAGAAGCAGCUGUCUGAGUCGGCCAACGGGUAUCCCAGGACAGUCUGUGGCAGCUCACGCCAUAAUGGUUUCUCUGGGGGGGUUGGCGCACUCGGUAUCAUGAACAACAGGCUGGCAGAGACGAGCAACUCCAGGUAGAGGACACAGCGAGACAGGAAGUGUGGGAUCUCUUGAUUCUUAUACUGCGAAACAAACGCUGAGGUUGACGGCCAUGGAAAAAAUACACGGCUUCUGAGAUGGAUUGGCAAUGUAACUUGUUAUGCAUGACACACGUGAUUUUUUGGAUACUUUCGGUUGGAAUUACAAGGCUGUGGAGAUAAUAACGGUAAUGAUGGCGACGGUUUCAGUGAUGAUUUGGCGAUGAUGGUAUGAAGAGAGAACCGCAAAGUCAACAUAAAAACAUCCGGAAGCUUGGGCACCAUCCAUCAUCCAUUGCAUUAACCUCAAACCCAACCCAGAACAAAUCACUGAAAUGUCAGUUAUUCUGCGGAGGUCUGUUAUAUAUGCUCAAUAUAUCAGACUGAAAUGUGCUGUAGAGCCAAGGGAGGCAUACAAUGCAAUCUUCAUUGUUUUGGGCCAGUUUAUUUGAAUGUACAUAUUGAAUGCUGAUACAAACAAGACAAGUGUAUUCACUGAAUGACAUGGCACAUACCGAUCUAUGCAUUAUACGUCUCAUGCAUUUUUUUGCACCAUUUCUAGACCUUCCAUUGAUUGUGCAAACCCCAUGUGUUUCUUGACAUGAGUCAAGUUUUACCCUCAGGUGAUUGAUUUCAUUUCUGGGGGCGGUAGAGUUUCGCUAAGCAUGGCUGUGAUGUAGCUGAUUUCGACAGGGCAGUAGUGAGAGUUGAGUGUGGCACACUAAUUUCCUAUUGCUCAAGAUGGAGAAGAGAGCAGAGUUGAAAAAUGAAAAUCCAUUUCUUGUGAGAGAGAAACUGGCCUUCUUAUCAGCCCAAAAAAUGCUUCUGUGGCCAAAGACUUUGACUUGAAGGGUAAAAGAAGGCACCACCCACUCUCUCUUCUUUUUCAAACCUACAGCUGUCUGCGAGGAAAACAAAUGAUAACGGCUUGCAAUGUAUUAAUUACUCUUUGAAUGCAGAAUGUAGACUUAUGUAUUUGCAAAAACUGAAUAAAUGAGGAGUAAGUUUAUGUUUGUUUGAAGUGAAAUAUAAGGGAGAGGAGGGGAGGUGGAGAAGGAGGCAAAUGAUGGAUGGUUUUAUCCUGUAGGUACAUUAUGUUAAAUGAUACAGAUUGAAAGUAGCCGGGUUAAUCUCAGAUGCUGGAGUUGAAAACAAAACCCCGAAGGAUUCUGUUGAGCAUCGAUUUGUUUUUUGGGGGGAUAUUCUGUUUUGAUUAAGGGAGACUUCUUCGCAGACAUGGUUCUCUCUGUGAAACAAAGCAUGAUCCAAAAGCCUGCACAAGUUGAUUUUCCCCGGUUUUGGUGUAAAUGUGUAGCCAAAGUUUGGAUAGACGGUGUUUCCGAAGGAUGCAGUGCUACCAAGCCACGCAAUCAAUGUCCUAGUUGCCGGUAACUAUCUCUUCCAGGGCAUCUAAAGAUUUAAAGCCGUGUAAUGUGGGUUUGAUUUUCGCCAACGGCACGACAGAGGAGGAGUCGGUGAUAGUUAACCUGUCCAGGAGACGGCCAUGAAGGAAGAGAACUAGAUAGAGAGGCCUACAGGUAGAGAAGGUGGUGUCAAAUUCAUGGCCAAUCAAAAUAAAAAGGUCGAUCUCAGCCAAGGGCUCAACUUUUCUUGGCGUCCAUGUUCAACAUCUAAAAUCCUGGCUGCUCAUCUCCUUUUCUCUGUCAUCUCUGCAUUCACUUCACACACACUGCACCAGAACCAUCCUGCCUCCUAUUUCCCACAGAUCUUGGCUCUCUCCUCACGCUCAUCACCCUUACACUGUGAAUACGAUGAGACAUGCCAUAGAUGUAGAUAUAUACAGUAUAUAUAUAUAUAUAUAUAGUAUUGGAAUGUCUUAAAAGGCGCUUUUACAAUAAGGCGUGAAUUGGAUCAGAAUCUUUUCUUUGUUGAUUCUCAUCCUGUUCGUGCAUAGAUCUGAAUAAUUUCCUUUACUCCCCAGUCUCACCAAGAGGAAUAGAGAAAAUGACUCAGGUAGUUAAAUCUUCAGGCUUGUCUUAGUUUGUCCUGCAUGCCAUUAUGGUAAAGCCAUACAAGAUAGCUGUAUAUAAAACAGAGGACUCUUUAAAGUCUAUUUUUCUACAUAUAGCUUGUACAUGUGGAUGAUUGAAUAAGUCAUCGUCUCAUGUCUACUACACAGCCAGUCAGCAGAAUAAUAAGCUGCACCAUACAGAACUUAACUACCCUCUCAAAACGUGGAUGCUAGGGUUAAAUGUCAACACUUUGUAGUUUGCUGUUUUGGAAAAUACACAUACCGGUAUUCUUUCUUGCGGAAAGCUGGAUGGGAAGAUUGACUGCAAGAUAAAUAUGAAGCUGGAGCUGCUUAGCUUAGCUUCGAGUGGUGCUAGCAGGCUGUAAAAACCCUCAAAUACUUUAAUAGUUUACUCUGUGGGGUUUGUACAGAUUUAACAAACAAGAUAAAACAAGUUAUUUAUUGAGCUUUAGAUGUGCUGGAAUUCUGUUACCUUUGAGCAGGCCCAGGCUAGCUGUUUAGUCUUCAUGCUAAGCAAAACUAGCUUAGCUAAUCUUUCUUGAACAGGACCAGUACCUUCCUGGAGUCCCUGCUGUUUACCUUGCAACUGAUGCCGGCCAAGAAAUAGUCUGCCACAUUACCCCCUGAAAACAUGCGAAUUGUCGAGUUAUAAAAAUAUUAAUUAGAAAGCUUUAGAGCCAGGCCAGCUGUAUCCCCCCUAUUACAGUCUUUAUUUUAUGCUAAGCUAACUAGCUGCUGGCUCUAGCUUAUCAAUUGGCACGUCUAAAGCUCACUAAUCAACAAAUGAUAUCUCCUUUGUUAAAUCCAAGAGGUAAAACAAAUAGCGGUUCCACCUGUUUAUGCAAAGCUAAGAAAAGCAGCUGCUGUUUGUAUCUUCAUAUUUACCACAUAGAUGGGAGAGUGAUAACGCUCAGCAAGAAAUAGGCUUUACGAUUUUACGGUUAAGCUUGCAGUGUCGGGGGGGGGGGAUUUGCCAUACUAUUAGCAGUCUCAUUGCAGGCAUAGAAAAGUGGCAAACCCCAGGACAUUUCAGCAUUAGUAUGGGCAUGCUGUAGCAAAUUACAUACUAUGGUGUGAAUUCAAUGAUGUCCCCCUUGCUUCAAUAUACCUGGGGAAACGUUUUGCUGCCAUAAUGCUGUAUGUGAACCUUCAUUUUCCUUCUGAGGCUCGAGGUUACAAUGGAAGAGGUUCCAGGAUUGCUGACUGAUUAUUAAAAGCCCCUGUAGCCGUCAGGGUCUAGCGGGCUGCAUUGUAUCCUUAACCUUAUCCUUAACAAGGAGCAUGUGUGUGCAUUUGUGUGUUCAAACCGGUGUGUGUAAAGGACUGAGAAUUAAAGGACUGUGAUAUGUUAUCUUAAAUGCUUCCUUAAAUAUAAGUCCCCCAGAAGGUAUUUGACUCAAUAUAAUAUAGAUUAAAAUGUAUUUCCCUUAAGACUGAAACACAUCAAGCUUUUAAGACGACACUGAUUAUAAUAUUUAGAGUAAUGUUUGCUCACCUAAAACGCAUGUGUGGCUUGAAAUCAAUUGCCUUACUUUAGUCCUUGUCUAUUAUAAAAAGGUUCCUUAUUUAAAAGAUUUUAGUGUGUAAAGUUUGUGUGGUGUACAUUACAAUCCUUUUGCAUUUUGCAAAAUUGAUCUCCAUUGAUUGCAAUGGUUUUAACUGUCCCGCUGUCCUCUGUAUCUUCUGUAAGAGGAGACAGGUGGUCUUAGGAUUUGCUGUAUGUUUGUAUUUGUUAUCAGCAGAAACGCCACUCAAAUGUCAUACCAAUGACUUUUCUUUUAGUGUAAUUUAUUUGUGUAAUGUUCAAAAUUAGAUUGAAUAUUUUCAAGCCCACACUAUUAGUACAUAAUAUGGGUGAACAUAGCAGACUUGGAUCACAGCGCUGCAUGAUUCUCAGUUUAAGUUGUUUUUGUUAAUUUAAUCUUGAAUUGUUCAAAUCAACGCCGCCAGUGUUUAUUCCAGUCAACACAUAAUGUAAUGUAUUCACACUGGAAAAUCUGCCCUGUAGUCAAGCACACUGUGACUGUUGAAUAGCCCCAUUAAAAUGUCAUGCUCCACAGCCACUACAAGGCCCAUAAUAAAACUUAUUUUUUUUUAAAAUAAGCAGAGACUGGAGAUGUUGUUAGUGUUAAUCUUGGAGGCUGUCGACGGUGCUAAUGGCAUUAGUUCUUUGUGAUCACAGUACGAUACAUAACACUCCGGUUUCAUCUGAAGAGGAUUGCAUGAUUGCUUUUGUAUUUUAAGACUGUUAAAGCCGCUAGUUUCAGGAACAAAAUGUAUUUACACUCAUUUUGCUGGAGCACAAGCGGUGAACAGCUGAGUGGUUUGGUAACAGAAUGAUGUAUUACGUCUCUGCUUGGCUGCUUCUGAUCACAUUGUUGGUUUUGAUCUGGAGCUGGGUUUCCAAAUCUGCAGAACGUGUGCCUGAUGUUUGUUGUAUUAUGAAGACUGUUGGAGACACAAACUAAUUCAGAUCUCAAUUUGGAAGUUACUUCAGGUGACUGUGAUCCACAGUUAUGUUGACCUUUGGUUCUAUCAACAUCACCAUAAUUAUUCACCUUGCUGUGUGUCUCAAUUUGCUUGCAUUGUGGUGUAACAUGCAGUUAAUGUCUGCAAAUUCAUUCUGUUUGCAAGUUGCACAUUUAUACAAAUGAUUGUACUUUUAUAUUUAUGUAAUUAAAAGUAAAACCUAUAUGAAACAA